AUGACCCCAAAUACUAAGCAGGUCUGCGACAAUUGCAGGCUCAGAAAGACAAAAUGUGACCGUGGAGAUCCAUGUAAUAGUUGUAUCAUUCAUGAUAUUCCUUGCAGCUAUCUUCACAAUCCUCGCCGACGAGGCCCCAAAGGCGGCAAAGGAAAGCGGCUCACCUUGAUCAAACAGGGCCUUGCCACUCACCCAAUUAUUACCAACGAAGAUCCGGUCUUCACGUUUCAACAACCUGGAGGUUCUAAUAUACAAACCAACUCUCUGGGUCUUGGUGUUGCAUUUAACCUUGACGAUGCAGGCCUCUCUAGCCUCUCGCCGGUCCAUACGCCGCUUUCCUUUGGACCGGCGUCUAUGUUUCCGCUGGGUUUAGAGAGCUUGUCCACCAUUCUUACAGCCCAUAUCCAUGUGUUCAUGUCAUACAUUUUCCCCAUCUUGCCAGUGGUAGAUGGUCCAGUUCUUCUUCAGGACGCGGCGAGCCUUGACAGCCUGCCAGUGUCAAAGUACGCCGUCCUAUUGUCGCUGGCGGCCACAACCCGCAUCCAGCUCAAGCUUGACCAAGACAAGGCUCUAGAAACAAACCUUUUACCAAGUUUGCAAAACCAACCUCCCGUAUCGGGGCCACAGCUGCUAGCUGCAGCCGAAGCGGCGCAUUUGCAGGCCAAUGUCGUUGACAAUAUGACCCUCGACGCAAUUGUGGCGGGAUUCUUCUUAUUUACCGCCAAUGGAAAUUUGGAAAAGGGUAAUAAAGCAUGGUUCUAUCUGAGUCAGGCAAUUACUCUAGCCAUUAUGCUUGGGCUAAACAGAGAAGAUGCGGCGACGGCAAAGCUGUCCAUGGACGAGGUCGAUAUGAGACGCCGAAUAUUCUGGCUACUAUACAUCUCUGAACGGACGUACGCUCUUCAAACGCGAAGACCGAUUCUCUUGCGUGGAAGAGUCCCAAAACCACGGGUCAAAGGGUCGUCGACACCGCUCAUUAUGAACGACUUCGUCAACCACACUCGCCUGUUUGAAUCACUCCACGCCGAGCUCUAUAACUGGGAUGCAGGGGAGGACGGAACUGUAAGCCAUGCGAUUCCGCUGCACGAUAGCAUCACAUCAGCCAUCUGCGCUGUGCAGCCCUUACAUUCGGUACUUGAAAGCCAACAAUUUGACACACUUGUUACGCAACAGUGGCUGCGGGUGGCCAUGUGGCGCCUUGUAAAUGGCAAUUCUCCCGGGCAGAGGCUUGACUCUCCAGCCGCUGGGUUUGAGCUGCCGUUUGAGGCUGGCAAGUCCAUUAUGGCGGCGCUCAACUCAGUAAGCAACCGUUCUAAGGAUUGCCACGGCAUCUCUAUCGAGCAGAAACUGUUCGACAUAGGGAUGAGUUUAGUGGAUAUUAGCCCGCUUAUCAGUCAUCCAUCCACAGCGAUGGCGGUAGGGCCACAAGAUCUGCUGCAAAACAUUGUCAAGACCUUGGGUUGCAUCCGAGGGGUACAGUCGCAUCUGCUGCCGACCCUUGUGCACCACUCUGAAAAUGUCCUUGCGCUCAGUCAACUAGACGCUUGGUCCGAGUCGCUUUGGGCCGACAUUGGGCUUCCUCUGCGAUCGGUCGCGCAAACAGGAUUUGUCUUGGAUGAAGGAACGUUCGACCCUGAGGAUGAUGACUUAUCGUUUCUCUCUUGA